UAAUGUACUCGAUUAUGUAUUUCCUAUCUUUGAAUGUAUUGAGCACUGCAUAGCUUGCCAUGUCCUCCUACAAGGAACAAAACUGAACCAAGCGCCUUGGACACACCGAGCAUUUCCAAAUGGACCACAGGUAGAACUGUCUUGAUUAUCGGUGUGGCAGUGGCAGUUCAGUGGCACUGCGGUAGAAUGACAAACCUAGAACGAUCGCUGGCGAUAAAGCUGUCACUUUGAGGGCAAAUCAAGGGAAAAUGGUAAUGUUCAGUUGGGAAUUCUAGAAAGCAAAGCCACCGAUGGAGUACUAGAGAGAUUUUUUGGACUGGCAGGGAAAAAACGGCCAUCUUAAAUUGUGCGCUGCCGAAGAUUGCAGGAGAGAUACAUAUGUGAACUCAUCUGCAUUUCAGAAAUAGCUAAAGCAUAUCAUCUUAGUUAUUUUCAGCAUAAGUGCUCCAACUUAGUCAAGUAACAGGUAAACUGAAGAUUACAGUGACGCAUAUUCACAUGCUGUGUUCCGGAAGAGGCGUUUCCCUCCCUACUAGGAUUCCUACUUGCUACUGCUUUGCCUAGAUUAAGAGCUAGUAGUAGUUGUCCACCUUAUGACCUAACUACCGUCUACCGGUUGAUAUAAUUUAACGAGGUUAUGCGCCGUGGUACAAGAUCCUGCCACUCUUUGCUAAAUCCUGUAGGCGUAGCAAUUAGCAUUUCAUUUCUACUGCGCCAUGGAGCACUCUCUUGUUGCUGAGGCUGAAGCACAAGUGUUCUUCAAGGCCAAGGCCAAGGGUGGUUUCAGAGCCCUCCCUUUUAUCAUCUCAAACGAGAUACUGGAGAAGGUUGCUGGAUUCGGGCUCAACAUCAACUUCAUCACGUACCUCAACAUGCAGUACCACCUGAGCCAUGCCAACGCCGGAAGCCUCCUCUUCGUGUGGGGCGCAGUAUCAAACUUCGCGCCCAUCCCCGGCGCCGUCAUUGCCGACAUGUACCUCGGCCGCUUCAUCGUCGUCGCGAUCGGCUCCAUCGCCUGCUUCGUUGGGAUGGUUUUCCUGUGGCUGAGCGCCAUGAUACCCGGAGCGAGGCCGCCACCGUGCGACAUGAGUGCCUCGCCGGAGCUGUGCGCGCCGCCGGAGGCGAGGCACAUGGCCUGGCUGCUGGCCGGCUUCGUGUUCCUGUCCGUCGGCGCCGGCGGCGUCCGGCCGUGCUCGAUGGCGUUCGGGGCCGACCAGUUCUCCAGGCACCCCAAGGAGAGGAGGUCCAGGAUCCUGCAGGUGUACUUCAACGCCUACUACGGCUCCAUCGGCGUGGCGUUCAUGGUCGCCGUCACGGUGGUCGUGUACGUGCAGGACAACCUCGGGUGGAAGGUGGGGCUCGCCGUGCCGACGUGCCUCAUGCUGCUCUCCGCUGCGAGCUUCCUCCUCGGCUCCGGCCUAUACAUCAAGGACAGGGGCUCCAAGCGGAUGUUCGCCGGGAUAGGCGCCGCCGUCGCCGCGGCGGUCAGGAACCGUAGGGCGUGGCUGCCGGCGAAGACCGAGGACGGCGUGUACCAUCACCUCAAGGACUGCAAGCUCACCGUUCCGACGGACAGGCUGAGGUUCUUGAACAAGGCGUGCAUGAUCAGCAACACGAAGGAGGACAAGUCUGGUAGUGGCGGCGCGGACGGCAUCAGCGACAGAGGGCGGCUGUGCACGGUGGACCAGGUGGAGCAGCUCAAGUCGGCGAUCCGCGUGAUGCCGAUCUGGUCGUCCACCAUCUUCCUCGCGCAGGCCAUGAACCAGUACUUCGCGGUGCCGCAGGCCGACGCGAUGGACCGGCGCGUCGGCGCCGGCGGGUUCCGCGUGCCCAGUGGCACGUUCGCCGUGUUCAACAUGCUCACCAUGUCGCUCUGGUCGGGCUGCUACGACCGGUGGACCGCGCCGGCGCUGCGGCGGCUGACGGGCAACCCGCGGGGGCUGACCAUGAAGCAGCGGAUCGGCGGGGGCCUGGUGUUCGGCACCGCGGCGAUGGCCGCGGCCGCCGUGGUGGAGGCCGCGCGGCGCAGGCAGGCGCUGGGCGGCGGCGGCAUGUCGGCGUUCUGGCUCGUGCCGCAGUACGCGCUGGCGGGGCUCGCCGAGGCGUUCGGCGUGAUCGGGGUGAUCGAGUUCUUCUACACCGAGCUGCCCAAGAGCAUGGCCAGCUUCAGCAUGGCUCUGCUCUACAUGGCCCUGGGGGCGGGGAGCCUGGUGGGGAGCUUGAUCAUCAAGUUGGUCCACGAGGUGAGCGGGCGGAGAGGGAGGACGAGCUGGCUGGCGGAGGACUUGAACGCCGGCCGCUACGACUACUACUACUGGCUUCUCGCCGGCCUUGGCGCCGUCAACUUCGUCUACUUCCUCUGGUGCGGCUGGGCGUACGGCGAGGAGGGGCAGAACGUGGAGUGGGAAGACGAAGGUGAGGGAGAGACGACUAUAGCUUAGUAGUUUUGUGCUGAAGCAUGCAUGUGGAUUGCUGGGAACUUGUGACAAUGUGGAACCUUUCCUAUGGUUAUGCUAAUAUGAAGCCUAUGGUUUGGUUGCCCCAUGAAAAUAGCAGUUUGCAGGGUUGAUUCUCUGGACCAUACGCAAUAUCGUCACGUUGAUCA